UCUAGUAGCCAAUAAAUAAAUUUAUCCUAGUAACAAAAUCUAAAAACCUUUUUUGUGGAUAACUCACGUAUAAAUAUGUAGGUAAUAGUAAGCCAUGAUUUAUGGUGAUUUUUGGUCUUCUAACACAAGUGAUUUUUGAUAGAUGUAGCUGAAAUCCAAAAAGAUGGAGGAAGGGUUGUACAGUACAAGUGGUUGAUCAAGAUAGCAUCGUUUACCAUGUUUGUACUUUCUGGCCAAUCAGUUGCAGCAAUGUUGGGAAGACUUUACUUUAACAAAGGAGGAAACAGUAAAUGGAUGGCAACCCUUGUUCAAACUGCUGGCUUCCCACUCAUGCUUCCUUUAAUCUUUAUCCACUACUUACCUUCUUCAAAACAUCCUCAACCAAUUACCAAUAAAUCUUCUUGGGUCACCCUUUUGCUGCUCUAUAUUUUUCUUGGUCUGUUCUCAGCUGCAGACUGCAUGUUAUACACCUUUGGAUUACAUUUUCUGCCUGUUUCAACCUACUCGUUGAUCUGCGCGAGUGAGCUCGUGUUCAACGCUUUCUUUUCCUACAUUUUAAACGGGCAGAAGUUCACUCCAUUCAUUACCAAUUCGCUUGUUCUACUUAGCUUUUCGUCUACAUUACUAGUGUUCCAGAGUGAUUCUGAACAAACCAUGAAAACCACUAGAAGCAAGUAUAUACUCGGGUUUGUAUGCACACUUGCUGGUUCUGCAGGGUAUGGAUUAAUGCUUUCUACAACACAACUCGUCUUCCGGAAGAUUCUAAGGACACCAAGCUAUAAAGUCAUAUUCAAAUUGAUUGUGUACCAAAACAUGGUAGCAAGUGUUGCGAUUGUAGUGGGACUGUUUGCUAGCGGCGAAUGGAAGGAUAUAAAAGGAGAAAUGGAAGGUUAUGAGUCUGGCAAAGUGUCAUAUAUGAUGACUUUAGUAUGGACCGCGGUUUCGUGGCAGGUUUUCACGAUCGGAUGCAUAGGAUUGAUAUUUGAGGUUUCAUCCUUGUUUUCAAAUGUGAUUAGUACUUUAGGGAUCCCGAUUACGCCGGUCUUGGCAGUAGUGUUUUACCAUGAAAAGAUGAACGGGUUGAAGGUUAUUGCCAUGUUGUUGGCCAUAUGGGGGUUUGCAUCGUAUGUCUAUCAGCAUUAUCUCGAUCACUUGAAGGAAAAGGUCGAGGCUAGAGUAGCAAAUCGACAACUUGAUCUUAUAGAAAUAUGAAUGAAAAGUAUGGUGCAUGUUUGGAUGUUA